GCUCAAAUCAAAUUAUUCCCGAGAGCGGCAUAUGAGCAGCGUAUUGGAGCAACCAAGCGGUGUGGAUUGAGGGUUGCCCUGAUCUCACUGGUUCACCAUGGCUAAUAACAUAUCGAGAGGCCGAUUGCCGCCAUUGAUGAGAGAAGCGCUGGCUGAGUUUAUGGCAACAUUUAUCUUAGUGAUGCUCUUGACGCAUUCGACGGUGGUGUUCGUCAAGUGACAGGCCCCAACGCUACCGCAGGGGUCUUUGCAACGUAUCCAAAACCUUUCCUGACUACUGCAAAUGGAUUCGCUGAUCAGUUUUUUGGCACUGCUCUCCUUGUCAGCUGUAUAUUCGCUAUCCUUGACCGUAACAACAAUGCCCCCGACCAGGGGGUGGCACCGGUUAUGAUUGGUCUUGUCGUGUUUUUGAUUGGCACCACCUUUGGAUUUAACUGCGGUUACCCCAUCAACCCUGCGAGGGAUCUGGGACCAAGAAUUUUCACCGCAAUGGCCGGAUGGGGAUCUGAAGUGUUUACGGCAUAUAAUUAUUGGGCGUGGGUCCCAAUCAUAGCCUGUUCACUAGGGGGAGUACUGGGCGCCAUUGUCUACAUCACUACCAUCGAGUUUCAUCACUCAGCAUCGGGAGAGACAGAAUAUCCUUAUGAACCCAUUGUUACAGCGGCCGUCACAACAAUAAAGAAAUGAGCAACUGUAAAUCUAAACCACAAUGACUAAGCCAGAUGAUUUAUCUUAACGACUAACUUUAUGCAGGGCUCGACACUAACGGUCGGCUAACUAGCCACAGACCAGUGGUUGGCUGGUGGUUUUCGAUUUCCACAGGCCAGUUUGGCAA